AUGUCGUUGAAGAAUAUCAUUGAACCAGCGGCGGUUGUCGCCACCUUCGCGCUGGGAACGAUCAUCAAUCGACGCAAAUCGUCCACGCCUCUGCAAACCAACGAUGACCUCAAUAAGCCUGUAGUUACAGUCGGUCCAGAGGGAGUCAGAGAUAAUGAGGAUGCGGUCUACAAGUAUGGCACUGUUACAGAGAGCAGUGUGCCAAGGCGCCGGAAAGCGAUUCAUUCUCGUCUACUAAAUUACUUCCCGUUCUUGAUGGAGAUUUGGUACUGGCUCCUGACAUACUGGAUCUACCAGGGCUUACGAGCAAUAUCUGCCAGAGCCAUUGCUGGAAACAAGGCUGUCUUCCGUCAAGCGUAUAUUCAUGCCACUCAGAUCCUCUGGCUCGAACAUCUCCUCCACAUUGAUGUCGAACUAUCUGUACAGCGUUUCAUCCUCGAGAAGGCACCAUGGCUGAUGCAGGUCCUGGCUAAAAUCUACUACUCGCACAUAGUCCUGGGGGUAGUCUUCCUUGUAUACUGCUACACAUUUCUGCCGCGCUGGAGAUACCACAACAUCAGACGAACAAUUGCGAUGGAAAACGUGAUCGCAUUUGUGAUCAUCACAGCCUGGAGGUGCAUGCCACCACGCCUUCUUCCGGAAGAAUACGGCUUCAUCGAUGUCCUGCACAGUGGCAAUAAUGGCGGUUCAGCCUGGACACAGAACAAGUUCCAGCUAACAAUCGCUGCGAUGCCAUCUUUACAUUUUGGGAACUCUCUUUUCAUCGCAUUCUGCUUGUGCAAGUUUAGUCCGCAUUUGAUCCUGCGCCUCAUUGCUCCGCUAUGGCCGAUUUCGAUGCUUCUUACCAUCGUUGCAACCGCCAAUCAUUUUCUCCUGGACGCUUUCGUCGGUGCAUGCGUUCUUGCAGCAGCUCGGAGAUGGAAUAGGGCCAUCUUGGUUCUUCUUCCUAUAGAAGAUUUCCUUUUUAGGCUCCUUCGACUGGAGAAGCCUGAGGAUGGAAACGCAGAGAAUUUGCAGCCUCUAUUAGAAGAAUGA